AUGCUUCCGGGCGCCGCAUCUGCGCGCGCGCUGCUUUCACUUUCUCCUCGCGCGGCUCGCGGCAUCUCGCGCCCGACCGCCGCGACCUGCGGCCACGCUUCCUGCAUCUCCCAUAUACAAAUGUUUCCUCAUUCCGGUUUCGAGCGCAUUCGGGGCCGCGGCGGCGCUCGCGUCGUGACGCAACCAGCUAAUCUAGUCGGCGGCGGCGGGAAGUGCAGUGUCGCGUCCCCGCGCCGCGCCCCGCGCGCACCAACCGCGGCCGCGCCGCGCGGCGAGUCGGCGGCCGACACCAGCACCUCGUCGCCGGACCCGGGGCCGCCGUCGCCGCGCAUGGCGGACGCGGGCUGCAGCACGCCGCCGCAUCCGCCGCCCGUGUUCGACGGUGGGGGCUCGCCGUCGCCCUCGCCCGCCUGCCAUCCGACCGUCAUCCGCUCAGCGCCGCCCUACUCCGUCAUCAAGUUCGAGGGUGCCUCCGUCAAGGCGGAGAGCUCGCCCGCCAGCAAGCCGGACGCGCCUUCGCCGUCCCAGCUGUCCUCCGUGAAGUUGGAAGGCGCGCCACCGGAGCCGCCGCAGCCGUACCGGCCGCGGGCGCUGGCGCCGCCACCGACCAGCACCCACCCGUCACUCUCCCCGGGCUACUGGCCGCCAGCCGCCUGCAUCAACGGCGUCAAGCCGGAACUGAUAGGCGGACACUUCCCACCGCAACCCCUAGAGCCCAAGGUCGGAGUGAGGGGGCCCGCCCAGUGGCGUGGCUCGCCGGCCGUCAUCAUGGGUGAGUCUGGCGGCGUCCGCACGAUGUUCUGGACGCUGCCGGCGCCGGCGUCCAGCAACGAACCGUCUGCGAGCGCGUCGCAUACGCCGACACCGCCCACACCCGAUCCCGCCACGUGCACCGAGGAGUCAGCAGCGCGCUUACUACUUAACCUCGGCGGUGACUUGAGGAGGCCACGUGGACCACCGUUGAACAUGGAGCUGCUGUGGGCCGGGGACGUGUCACAGCUGCCGGCGAACCAGCAGACGCACGCGCUGAAUCUGAGCCCGGCAGCUGGCAGUGUGUCGGGGACGUCGGCGGCCGCAAGCGCCAGCUCUCUUUCGAUCCCACGGCCCGAACUACGCGCGUAUGCUUCCGAGACCGAACGCGACGAGGACGAGCAGCCGAUGAUUUGCAUGAUAUGCGAGGACAAGGCGACGGGGCUCCAUUAUGGCAUUAUCACGUGCGAAGGGUGUAAGGGAUUCUUCAAGCGAACUGUGCAAAAUCGACGGGUAUAUACUUGCGUGGCGGACGGCGGCUGUGAAAUUACAAAGGCGCAGAGGAAUAGAUGCCAAUACUGUCGAUUUAAAAAAUGCAUCGAACAAGGAAUGGUUUUACAAGCCGUACGAGAGGACCGCAUGCCGGGUGGCCGUAACAGCGGCGCAGUCUACAACAUGUACAAGGUUAAAUAUAAGAAGCACAAAAAGGGCAACACUAAAGCGGCAACGACGACGAGUCGAGCGUCGCCGCCGGAGAAGCCUAAGGAGCCCAUACCUCCGCUCCCACCGCACCUCGUCAACGGGACCAUCCUAAAGACUGCACUGACCAAUCCCAGCGAGGUUGUCCACUUGCGGGCGAGGCUGGAGAGUGCCGUGUCGUCAUCACGCGACCGAGCAGUGCCCCUAGAGAGGGCGCUGCACAUGAUCCGGGCGUUGAUAGACUGCGACGCUAUGGAGGACAUCGCCACCGUGCGCCACCUACCGGACCUACUCCACGACACGUCCGAGAUCGGCGACAAGCUCUGCAGGAUCGGCGACUCGAUCGUCCACAAGAUGGUCGCGUGGACCAAGAAGCUGCCGUUCAUAAUGGAGAUCCCGAUGGAGAUCCACUCCAAGCUGCUAAUGGAGAAGUGGCACGAGAUCUCGGUGCUAACGACCGCCGCCUACCAAGCGAUGCACGGCAAGCUCGCCCAUGCACCACCUUCGGCGGACCACGAGCACGACUUCAUGCAGGAAGUGAACGCGAAUCUAAGAACGCUGCAGAACUGCUUAACCUCGCUGAUGGGGCGGCCCAUCACGCUUGAGCAGCUACGGCUAGAUGUGGGUCUGGUGGUGGAGAAGAUGACGCAGAUAACCUGCGUCUUCCGUCGCAUCCAGCUCCGCAUGGAGGAGUACGUGUGCCUGAAAGUCUACAUUCUUUUAAACCAAGGUAUGUAUCCCAACACCAGUCUACCACUGCGACUG